AUGAUUGCUGGUACCGAUCCUGAAAAUCCCGAGUUCUGGGGCAACAUGGAAGAUCUGGAUCAGCGUAUGGUCGAAUCAUGCCCUAUAGGAUACACUCUUGCUAUUGCCAACAAGGACUUCUGGGACCCCUUGACCGAUAAACAGAAAGAGAACGUUGCAAACUGGCUGGGAAGUAUGAAUGACAAGGAGAUGCCAAACACGAAUUGGUGA